GUGUGAACUCUUUCCUUGUUUUCAUGUCCUACAAAGACAAACUGCAAUGCACUGAUGCUCAGAUGUAUGAAAUAUUCAGCCUUAUUCGCGAAAUGGGUGCCAUUGCCCAAGUUCAUGCAGAAAAUGGAGACAUCAUUGAUGAGGUUGAAACGGAGGCCGUGUAUCGUGCUAUCACUAUCGCAAAACAAGCCAAUUGCCCCUUGUACGUCACGAAGGUUAUGAGCAGAGGCGCUGCGGAUAUCAUAGCCCAGGCCAAGAGGAAAGGCACCAUUGUGUAUGGAGAGCCCAUUACAGCAAGCCUUGGUACUGAUGGCUCCCAUUACUGGAGUAAGAAUUGGGCAAAAGCGGCAGCCUUUGUCACAUCUCCACCUGUCAGUCCAGACCCCACAACCCCUGAUCAUCUCUCUUCACUCUUAGCCUGUGGAGAUCUCCAAGUGGUGGGCAGUGCUCACUGUACCUUCACCACAGCCCAGAAGGCAGUUGGAAAGGAUAACUUCACUCUGAUUCCAGAAGGAACAAAUGGCAUCGAAGAACGGAUGUCAGUAAUUUGGGAAAAAUGUGUGAAUGUGGAAUACAACAUAUUUGAAGGAGCCGAAUGUCGCGGUGUCCCCACAGUGGUUGUAAGUCAAGGGAAGGUUGUAUUGGAGGAUGGGAACCUCUGUGUCACCCCAGGUGUUGGUCGUUUCAUUCCUCGGAAGACAUUCCCUGAUUUUGUUUACAAAAGAAUAAAAGCCCGGAAUAGGUUGGCUGAAAUCCAUGGUGUACCUCGUGGGCUUUAUGAUGGGCCUAUUCAUGAUGUCAUAGUAACCGCUAAAGCUGUUACUCCGGCUCCUACCUCAAGGUUAGCUACUUGCUCAGGCAAAUUACAGGUUCCACCAAUCCGCAACCUUCAUCAGUCAGGCUUCAGUCUGUCUGGAUCUCAAGCAGAUGACCAUAUCGCCAGACGUACUGCGCAGAAAAUUAUCGCACCCCCAGGCGGACGCUCCAAUAUUACAUCUCUGUCAUAAUAAUUCUUGGCUGAAAAUACCUGCAUAUAACUUGAAUUAUACACUGGCCAUGCUCAGAUGCUAUUAAAAGCCUAAAUUUCCUAUCAGUAUCAGUGGAUCUUAAAAGAGCAUCUCUAUGGUUUCCAUUAGGAUAGAUGAAUUAUGCAGGUCCAUUUUACAUUCCUUUUAAAUAGCUUAUCAUCACAAAAAGAAUCUGCCUUGUCUGCACUCCCCGAGCACCUCUUUUUACUGAAAAUAUUUGGAAAACAAAUUAUUUUACACUGCCAAAUUAAAGGACUUGAAUAGGAGUUUACGACAAAGAAAUAUGAAAAUGAUUUGCCUUGUAACUCAGGAUAAAAUUUCCCAUUUUUUCUUUUCUAAGUCAAAACAAUAAAUACACCCUUUCCUAAUGUAUAGAUUUCAUUACACAUAGUAAAUGCAUUCCCAGAAUUCCCCUAAAUUUUCAUUAAUAUGCCUGCAAUUGUACAGAUUUUUAAUGAAAAACUUUCUGACAUGCUAGCUGUAGAUUAGGUUAUAUCCAAGAAAUAUCUGAAUACAUGUUUUUUUUUAAAUUUUCUACCAAUAAUUUCUGCCUUUUGUCUGGGAAUGACACUUGUACUAUUUUGAUACAAACAACUUGUUUCUAUUCCCCCCUUUUUUACUGAAAAAAACCUAGGCACACAAGGCCAAAUGCUUACCUGUCUUGUUCCUCUCUGCGCAUAAUGGUAAGCCUUAAAUUGUUUCCUUUCGCCAUGGUGAAGUGUUACAUCUGAUUACCUAAAGAAGUAGAGUACAUGAUUUUUUUCAGAAUGACAUGUCAGGGACCACAGUCCCCCAAAAUUGUGAUGCUGUGGCAAACUCUAUAACUGAUUUAAUUUCAUUUGCACUUACAUUUAAUUGAUUAUAAUUGCAGGCAUUAUGAUUGCUGGUAACUUUGAUAAAUUCUCCGAUAACUGCCCUAAAACACAUUUGUGGAGUGUUGUUUCAAUGGAAGCCAUAGACAUUUUCUGGGGAAGGAGGCAAGUGGUGAAACAUGCAUCCAAUGUUGCAGUACAAUUGCAAAAGUGCAGACUUUGUGUUGUGACGUCAUGCUGCACACAUUGUCAUUGCCAUUGCAUGUGGGUGUGGAAACUACGUGUAGGCUGAACGUCCGACCUAGAUCAUGGCUAAUGAUUGACGUCAAAUUGAGGAUAGCAUAAUUGGAAAUAGAUUUCCAAGCUUAGUUCAAAAUUUACUAUAAGCAGGUAAUAAUUUAAUCCCAAAUAAACCAUGAACAAACCAAUAAAUGAACAAUUCUUCCCCUCCUCCCACUCUUGCUUAUAAUGUGACAGGUGGAUUUCAUUCAGUUACGUCUCUACUUUCGACUUGGGUGUGCUUAGGACAGCUACGGUUUUGUUAUAUCUUUGGAAUCUUCAUCAUGAUUAAAACAAUGAACUAUGGCUGGAACUAGCCGUGGUUAGAUGUAAGGUCUCAAAAUCAUUCCCAAUAUUUUUUUGAUCCUGCCAGAUGAUGAAGAGCUACUUCACCAAAUAGAUUGUAUCAAAAUUAUUGCCCUAAAGUUGAUCGUUGCAACUGACCAGUAAGCGUUUAUCAAGCCAGGGGGGGCUUAUGAUUUAGUAUAUCUAUAACAGUAGGAGAUUCUUGAACAUAUUGUUAGGAAACAUUGUCACUCAGUAUUGUGACAGCAUGGAUAUAUUAAAUACAAGUGUGCUCUGAAUAUUGAUGGAAGUAGGUGUCAUAGUGUCACUUUAGAGCUGGUAUACAAAUGCAUCUAGUCUUUAAAGAUAGCAGAAUUUUUUUAACAGAAUUGUGGAGGUGCCAGUGUGUUUUUAGUCUUUGGUUAGUCUUGAAUUUUUAAAGCAAAUUAUUUAUAUACCUUGUUUUGCCAAGUAUCAAGUGUAGACCUUAUAAACAAAUAAAAAAAACCGUGUUUAUGGAGGUCAGCCGCAUACAGUUAACUUUUUAUAAGACGUAAAGACAGGUUUAUUAUAUUUAAAACACUAUAGCAAAUAUGAUCUUAUAUAUUCCAUAUUAUCCCAUAAAAUGAUGGCCGUGACUCAUUUUGCCUCUGUUAUUUACAUUCAAUAAAAUUCUUGAAAAUUAGCAAAAUUUCAAAGUCAAUUCUUGUUCUCUGUUUUAACAUGUGUGACACCAAUUUGAUGGUUACUGUUUACAAAGACUUUGGCUAUGCUGUAUUUUAGUCUCUGAAAUGUAUUUAAGACAAAAAAGCAGUGGACUAAGCAACCAUUACCUCUGAGGCACCCCGUAUCCAUUCUGCCUUUGCCCCCAAAACACAAUAUUAGACAGUGAACGCAAUGAAAGAGAAACGCCUGUGAGGGGUCAUUAGAAUAAAUCUGAUGGGCGUUAUAGGCCAAUGGCAGCCCCAAAGCUUUCCUCUUCCGCCUGCCCAGUGCUUGCAAGCCUGAAUAAAAAGAGAGGCAAGGCUAUUUUGGUGCUUUUUAUUCCCGAUGGGCCUCCAUUCACAGAACGUGGCCCAUGUGGCAAGGGAUGGCAUUGUAAAAAGUAUCAUCGAUUUUAUUACGGUCACACACCAGCAAAUAAAAAAGCAUUAAAACAAUAAUAGUAAAAGAUAAAAACGAAAGACAGCAAUAUAUUGCAAUUGGUGGUGGGUUAACAGGGCAGUUAAAGUUUGCCUAAUUUUACAUACAGCACAGCAGAAUUUGGCCACAUUCGGAGAAACUACAGGUCCUUCUUGUCUUAAUAACAGCACUGAAAGCAGAGACUUCUGCACUAGGUUCUUGGUCUACAAAUAGCUAUGAGAAGAAGGGAACAAAGGUAAAAUGAGAAGAAAAUGCAACAUUUUCUCAGACUUCUAUCGCUGCACAUGAAUAAUUUAGCUGUGCAAGGUUGAAGGCUGGAGGAUUCGGAUCAGGCCUUCUGAUUGGCUUGGGGAGGGAUUUACUUCAGCUCUAUUGGCCCAUGAGAAAUGCGGUACAUUUCUGCUCUUUAUAAAGAGAAAUCGAUUAAUAUAAGUUUGGGAAUCCUAGUUCUAUUCCUGUCUCCUUUUCUCAAUGGGAGUUUAUAGGUCAUUCUCUCAAAUGGAUUUUCUUCCAUCUAAUGGCGAGAGAUGCUAUACUCCAGCAAAAUAGCAGAAUACCGAUGUUAAGCCUUUUAUUGAUUUAAGGGUACAUUAAAUAUGUAUGUAAUUGA